AUGACGGAUCGUACCAAUUUGAGCUCCAGCUCUGAUGACGCGUUGCUAGCUCUGGACGAACGAGCUUCGUUACUCUUGUCUGCUCGACGCACAGAACAAAAAAAAAAUUUUAACGUAUCAAACUUGAAAGAAUCAAUAAAUUACGAAACGCACGAAGUUGGGCAAGAAACAGACAACACUAAUUACUCAGAGGGUGAAGAUUUAUCCAACCGUUCGACAGAGAACGAACUUAAAAGUGAUAACGAUUUUGACCCGAUCGACUCUUCUCCAAUGUAUCAAGUCGAUAAGCAUGUCAUCAACGAAGAGGAAGGAAAUGAGUAUGAUCAAGAGAUUCACGAAGAGAUUUACACAGACGAAGAUAGCAAAAAUUUGAUUGAUCAGAAUGGUAUAAAUGAUAAAUUGCGGAAUCAAGGUCAAAAUGCAUACAAGAAAAUUCGAUCUUUGGAAAAUCAGAUCUCGUUAUUUAAGAAAAAAAAAGAGGAACUAGAUGAACGUAUUGAAGAACUCGAAGUAGAAAAAGAAAUGGAACAUGAGGAAAAACUUGCUUUAGAGGAUGAAAGAAAUAAUUUAGAACGACAGAAGGAUGUUGCUUUGGAGAAGUUACGUUUAAUGUCGAUUGACUACAUAAACAUCGAAAAUAAGCUGGAAGAAAAAAACAAAAAAGAAUUGGAACUAAAAAGUAAGGUCAAAAUUUCGAAUGAAAGAAUUCAAGAAUUUAAAGAAGAUCAUGCUAUUCUGCUUGAAGAACGUAACAUUUUUGAAGAGCAAAAUAUAGAUUUGUUGAAGAAUGUGCAGGAACUUAACAAAAAAAUAGUUGAAUUAGUUGAACAAAAAACGAAAUUAUCGAGUACAUUGGAACAUUUACAAAAAGAUCAUGAGAGAUUGGAAACCGAGCAUGCAAAAAUGAAAGAGGACGAUACUGAAAAAAUAAACAGUUUAUCGGAGGAAGUGGGGACGCUCGAGGAACAACUUGCUCGUAUCAUGGGUGGUGACGAGCGGCUUGAAGAGUAUGAAAGAGAGAAUGAGAGAUAUGAACUGCGUCUCAAACAAUUGGGGGAAACAAAUAGAAAUUUAGAAAAACAAAACCGAUUUUUGGAGAAUCAAAGAAGUGAACUACAAUCCCGCCGAGAUCAUUUGACCAUAGAAAGGGAAAGACUUCUUUUACAAGUGGAGGGUUUGUCAACCAGUCUGGAAAUAAUCAAUAAAAAUAUGAAUUCAGCACAAGAACGCCAUGAAGCGAAGAAUGCAGAAUUUUCCGAACAACAAUUAAGACACACCGAGGAAACCAAAAAAGCCAUACAUUUAAAUGAAUCCUUAAGACAAGAACUAGAAAAAACUCUCGAAGAGAAAAAAAUGCUAGAAAACCAAAUUGGCAUGGCCGAAGUUGAAACUUCCAACUUGUUAAGAAAGGUCGAAGAUUUGGAAAAUUUGAAGUCUAACAUUAAUAAUAACUUGGGAAAUUUGCAGUCUGGAAUUGCAGAAAAGGAUAUACAACAUUCUACUAAUAGAAGGACGGAUGAUGAGAAUACUGCCGGAAAAGAAACUCGAGUCGAUAACAACCAAUUACAAUCCGAAAGGGACGUGCUGAAGACGGAAAAUGCCAAACUUUCAAGGGAUUUACAGAAGGUUAAUGAUAGAAAUCAACGUUUAGAGAUUCAACUAAGUGAAAUGGUCGACAUGAUGGGAAAUAGAUCGAACGAAUUGUACGCUUACCCUUCGGAAACCCUGCGAUCUUUGAAUUUAGGUUCAGAUGAUAAAAAUCUAUUGGCGCAUUUGGAAAAUGAGGUGGUGGUCUUGCGUACACAGUGUAGUUCGUUGCAGGCCGAACUGCUUUCUAAAAACGAACAGAGUUUGCAACUGGAACAAUUACGUUUGCAACUGGAUACCACUAAGCGCCAGCUUUUUGAGCGUGAAAACGUGAUCGUUGAGUUGAAAACGAGAAUAGAAUUGAACGAAUUGGAUAUCAAAUCUAAGCAACUUAUGAUCGAACAACUGCAACAACAUAAUGAUCAAGCUCUUAAUAACUCAUUACUAGAUGCAGGGGACAUUUCUCACAGCACCAUUACUUCUGGUAGUGAUUCAUUCAUUAUUCAGUACGAACAUAUGAUAGAAGAUUUGAAGGCUAAGCUUGACGACGCAUAUGUUGAGAAUGGAAAACUACUGCAUCAACUUACCCAAGUGGCCCAAAGAGCUCAAGAUGAUUUUAAGGCAGCAAAAAUUCAAGAGCUCCAGAUUCAAAAUACAGAGUUACAGCGCAUUCUGAGGUUAAGGGAAGAAGAGAUAAUCCGGGAACAAAACAGGACCUUUGACCAACAGGCUAAAUCUCAAGUUCGCGGCGAAAUUGUCGAAGGAAUAAGUGAAUUGGUAAACAGUUCAUUUAAUUCUACAAAUAAGGUGGUGGACAUUUCUCUGUCACAAGACCUUUCCUUCUUACGCAGCGAUGAUUCUCACUCCAAUCGUCGAUCGACUUUUACUCCGCAUAAGAAAUCUGUUCAACCUGAAUUACAAGCCAUAAAGGUUCAACUAGGCGAUCUACAUGAGCAGCUUGAGUCAAAGAAUGUUGAUCUCGAAAAAGCAAUUCUUACUGCACAAGAUCUUUCCACGAAACUUGAUGAUGCACAGGAAAAAAUCCAAUUCAUGGAAAACUGCAUGCAAAAUACUGAUAAAUCAAUUUCUCUUUUGCGAGACGAGUUGUUCCGAAAAAAACAAGUUAUAAAUGAAAUGGAGUCAAGAUUGAAAAAUGUAAUUUGUUCGCGAUGUGGAGGCUCAAUGGAAAUACCUACUAAUGCAGUUUCAAACCGUAGUAAGAUGAUAGAAAAGGAUAUUGAAGUUACUCUGAAGAAGAACCUGCAGACCGUGGAAUAUAUUGAUGAACUCGUGAAAGUUGUUUCGCGACAAAAUAAUUUCGCUAACCUUAAUCAAUCAAAUUUUUCACAAUCUAUGCAGAGCAUUCAACAAAUGAUUGAAGGCUUAUAUAAACAAGCUGCCAAUAUGCAGAAAAUUAUGGAAGAAAAUGCAGAAGUGUUGAAACGCCUGGCGGAAUCAGCAUUUACGGAAUCUCCCAAGAAGCCACGUAGACAAACUCCAAACUCAAGUAAACUCAUUCGCUCUCCAAAAAUGGUUGAUGACACGUUGGAAAUAAAGCGUGAAGAUUUGAAAGCGAUAGUGGUUGCAGGAGGAAAUAUGAUGAAUACCCCGUCGAAGCUUGUUUCCCAAAUCGACAGUUUUGCUACCGCUGUGUUGGAACAAGAAUUUAACAUGUCGGGGAUCGAAGAUCGCGUCCAGCUAUUUAGUGAAUUAUUUGAAAAUUACGUGAAGAAAUUUGAAACAUUCGAGAUUUUACAAAAUCGAAUUAUGCAAGAUCUAAAUAAUCAUCGAAAGAUUUCAGACACAGAUUCGAAAAAUAAUGGCAGCAUUAACAUUUUGAUAACAAGCGUCCAUGAAUUAUCAGCAGACAAUAUUCAAUUGUCUGCACAGAUAAAAAAAUUGCUAAUAUUAAUGAAAUCGAAUAUUCUUCCGGAAAACAAUUUUGCCAAAACUUUGGUUCACCAAGAGACUCGUGAAGAAGUCGAGAAAUUGAGUAAAAUAAUCAUGGUUCAAGAUCAGAUUAUGGAAGAUUACGAAGAGAAGCUUGAACUUCUUAAACACAAAGAAGAGGAACAGAUACAAAAAGAAAUGCCUAAUUUAUCUAUUUCUAAGAACAGUGACAUCUCGGAUCAGAAUGACCAAUGCGAUUUGCAACUACAAAUCCAAGAACUUCUUAAUGCGUGGCAGCUGGAAGUAAAUGCUAAUGCAUCCCUUCGUGCGGUCAUCAAAGAGAUGAAAACAAGAUCGGAAAGUAAAGAAACGGAAUUGAAUAAUAAAAUAGAAAACCUGAUUGUUCAACUUAAUAACAUAUCUGAGCAACUUCAAGUAUUCAAGAUACGAGCGAAAAAUUUUGAGUCCAAGUUUCAGCAAGCAGACGAAUCCCUUAAGAAAAAAAUUGAGAACGAGGAAAUUCUACGGAAAGAGUGGAACGAAAUGGUCGAAGGUCACGCCAGGGAUUUAGAGGCAUUGAGACACCGCUGGAACAAGGAACGUGCUUUGCUGAAAGAAUCCAGUACUAAAACAAAAACUCAACAAUUAGCUGAAUUAGAGGCAAAUCACAAAGAACUCGAAGAUUCAUGGAAACAGGAAAAAGAAAUAUUGAAUAAAAAAUUGCGAACACAAAAAGAGGCUUCUGAGCGAGAAAUCAAAACACUACAAAAGGAAAUAGAAAAGUUGGGUUCGACGAUUAGAGAGUUAAAAGAAGAAUUGUCAUCUGUUAUGGCAAAUAAAAAGACCUUAACAUUGGAAAAGGCUCUUUUGACAAAAGAAAAAUCGGAAUUACAACAACAGUUAGAUAACCUGCAAAAAGAAUCAACCCGUUACCGCAGCAAGAAUGCAUCAGUCACAGAACUCGAGGGUCGAAUAAGACGGUUACAGAAAGAAAAGGAUGUCACCUCGGAAAAAGCAUCCCAAAAAAUAAAAGAUCUUCAAAGUGAACUUCAAAUAGAAAGGGAGAAGACAUCCAAGUUGAAUAAAGAAAAAAAUUCAGCAAUAAAAGAAAAAUCUGAGUUGCAACGGAAGUACAUGAUUUCUAACGAGAUGAAAGAGUCUCUUGAAACCGAUAUACGUGACGAAAAAGAACAUGUCAAAGCACUUGAAGUGGAAAUCCAGAAUAUCACAGAUCAAUUACAAACUGAACGUCGUGACCACCAGUUCAAGAGCGAACAACUAUCAAGAUAUGAAGACGAAUUGCAAGCUGUACAAGAACAAUGUAAUCUGUUGCGGGAAAAAAUGGAAGAACUACAAGACACUUUAAGCCACGAACGUAAUCAAUUUAAGAUUCAGCUGCAACACGUUGAAACAGCAAAUAAACGUCGCACUGGACCUGUUGACGAUGAAGAAGUCAAUAUGAUCUUGGAUAAAAAUUCGAGAUUGCAACACGAUCUAAUCGCAACGAACAACAAACUCCAGGAGUUGAAGGAAUCUGCACAAAAUGAAAUCAACGCUCUCCAAGAAGAAUUCCAAGCAACCAAACGACAACUGGAAUUAAUAGAAGAAUCGCAGGCGGUUAACUCCAAUUCCGAUGAUGUCAAAAGCAGAGAAAGAAUCCAUGAGGAAUAUCAGCGAAAAUUUGAAGAACAAGAUGCGAAGUUUAAGCAUAAGUAUCAAUCCGAGUUAAGAAACGAGCGAAAAAGAUAUAUCGAAGAAUGUGAUCUUUUAGUCAAAGAAGUUCGAUAUCUCAGAGCAAGAUGUAUGCGAGAAUCAGGAUUCCGUGCCGACUUGAGUUAUCAAAAAAAGUUUAUGAUGUUACUGCUGGGUGGUGUUGAAUCAUGUGAACAAACGACAUUGCUUUUGAUAUCUGACAUACAAAAUUCAAACCGUCGCGUAUCCCACAUGCGACCUUCGCCGCUAUUGAUUAAAUUUCGUGGUGCCGUGACAGCCAUACUUGCAAUUCAAAGGAUGAGGAUUCUUAAAAACUCUUGGUUAAGAUGUAGAGAACUAAAACGAACAAUACAACAACAGCGACAUUAG